AUGUCUCUCAACAUCCCUAACGCACCAAACGCGAACCUUUUCAAGCAAGGAUACAAUACCUACGAUUCCGAGGAUGGAGCUGUCUUGCGAAACAUCGAUGCUUGCCGUACUAUCGCCUCAACUGUGCAGACUUCCCUGGGACCUUAUGGCCGGAACAAAAUCGUUAUAAAUCAUCUGCAGAAGAUGAUCCUCACCUCAGAUGCCGCCACUAUUCUCCGCGAACUCGAUGUCGUACACCCAGCAGCUAAAUUGGUUGUGAUGGCAAGUCAACAGCAAGAGGCCGAGAUGGGAGAUGCUACCAACAUGGUUAUCGUCCUUGCGGGCGAGCUGCUGAGGAAAGCAGAGGAUCUGUUACGAAUGGGACUCAAGACCAGUGAUGUUAUUCGGGGCUAUGAACUGGCUCAGACAUUUGCUCUCCAAGAGCUCGAGAAUUUGGUUGUGGACAAGGUGGAAGACAUCCGAUCACAGUCAGAGCUCAGCAAGGCCAUCCGGACGGUCGUUGCCAGCAAGCAGAGUGGUAGUGAAGAUUUCCUGGCAGAUAUGGUUGCAGAAGCUGUUCUAGCUGUGCUGCCCAAGAAUCCCGUCAACUUCAACGUCGAUAACGUCCGCGUGGUCAAGAUUAUGGGAGGAAGUCUGGAGCAAAGCAGAGUUGUUAAGGGUAUGGUCUUUGGUCGCGAGCCAGAUGGAUCUGUCAAGAAGGCUGUGAGAGCCAAAGUGGGAGUUUUCUCCUGCCCGAUCGAUACCAGUGUGACCGAAACCAAGGGCACGGUAUUACUACACAAUGCUAAAGAGAUGAUGGAGUUCACCAAGGGAGAGGAGACUCAGCUCGAGGCCCAGAUCAAGGAGCUGUUCGGCUCCGGUCUUCGUGUGGUGGUUGCCGGAUCCACAGUUGGAGAGCUUGCCAUGCACUACCUGAACCGUUUUGGAAUUCUGGUCAUCCGAAUUUUGAGCAAGUUUGAGCUCCGCAGAUUAUGCAGAGUCGUGGGAGCUACGCCACUGGCAAGACUAGGCGCACCUAUGCCGGACGAGAUGGGCAGUAUUGACGUUGUUGAGACCCUGGAGAUUGGAGGAGACCGAGUCACAGUUUUCAGACAAGAGGGCGAGGCGACAAGAACAGCCACACUUGUUAUUCGAGGCGCAACGCAAAAUCACCUGGAUGACAUUGAGCGUGCCGUUGAUGAUGGUGUUAAUGUUGUCAAGGCCAUUACUAGAGAUCCAAGAUUGGUACCUGGUGCUGGUGCUACAGAAAUGCAACUUGUCGAGCGGAUACAAGCCUUCGGGGACAAGACUCCUGGACUUGCACAGUACUCUAUUCGCAAGUUCGGCGAGGCGUUUGAGGUCAUUCCUCGAACUUUGGCUGAGAGUGCUGGUCUUGACGCUACAGAAGUUCUGAGCAGACUAUAUACCGCACAUCAUAAGAAGGACAGCUGGAAUACCGGUGUUGAUAUUGAGAAUGAGGAUAACACCGGUAUCUUAGAUGCAAAGGGCGAGGGAAUCCUGGACCUCAUGAUCUCGAAGAGCUGGGCUAUCAAGCUUGCAACUGAGGCUGCUAGAACUGUCCUUUCUGUAGACCAGAUCAUUGUUGCGCGACAAGCUGGAGGACCAAAACCACCCGGACCCAACCCUAACUGGGACGAGGACUAG